UCUUCACUAGAUUUGGAAAAUGCAACAAGGAUGAUUGGAAGUGUCCGUACAUCCAUGAUCCCUCUAAAAUAGUAGUUUGCACGAAAUUCCUGACUGGUUCAUGCACCAAUAGCACCUGCAAAUUGACGCACAAGGUUAUCCCUGAGAGGAUGCAAGAUUGUUCAUAUUUUCUGAAAGGGUCAUGCUCCAAUGAUGAUUGUCCUUAUAGACAUGUACAUGUCAAUCCUGAUUCAAGUGUUUGUGAAAAUUUCCUCAGAGGCUACUGUGCUGAUGGCAAUGAGUGCCGGAAGAAACACACCUACGUCUGCCCUGCUUCUGAAGCAACUGGAGUGUGUCCUCAAGCAUCGACGUGCAGUCUGCACCAUCCAAAAAAGAAAGAAAUGAAACCAACUAUCGAGCAAAAGGUUGUAAGAGGCCGCUACUUUGAUGGCGGACUAGUAGGAGUUAAUGACUGGAGCUCAGCAUCAGCAGCAGUAGAGAAGCUCUCCUCAAAAGAAAACAAUUAUCCAUUCUCAAACAACAAAAUGAGGACACAAGUUCGAGAGAUAGAGAGAGAAGAACAGAAGCAUCAGAGGAUUAAACAUUGCUGCUGCCACCUCAGUUUCCAGGCUUUCAGCCUAACAACCAAAAGUAGAACAAGAGACGACGAAGGCGGACAAAUGAGACGAGGAAGCAGCCGGGAGAUAAAAAAAACGCACUCAAUGAGGCGGAGCCACCAGCGGAGGCGGCGGUUCUCCUCCGAUUCCGACGCGGAUUCUGAAGAGGAAGAGGACGAAGAAGAAGACGCCGACGACGCGUCUUCCUCGGCGGCGGCACGGCGGCGGUUGAGGAUGAUGAAGUGCCUGUCGUGCAAGGAGGACUACGGCGAUCGCAGCGCCGGCACGUGCCGUGAGUGCUACGAGGAGGCCGGCGAGACGGAGGAGGAACACAAGCUAGAGAUCGAGGAACUCAAGUCCAAGGUCAAUUUCCUCCUUCUCCUCUGUUCCACCUCCCACUCCGCAGCUAGGGCCAACACCCCCUGCUUCUCCGACGUCGUUUUGGUCGCCUGUGGGUCGCCGGAUUCCCCCGAUAUGCUCUGCAACUCCCCCUCCAUCCCCGCCCAUCGCGCUGUUUUGGCGAGUCGAUCGCCGGUAUUUAGGGCAAUGCUGGAAAACGAGAUGGAGGAGAGGCUGAGCGGGACAAUCAAGAUGAAUGACGUCUCAUACGAUGCGCUCCGAGCAUUCGUGAACUAUCUCUACACCGCAGAAGCUUGCCUUGACGAGAACAUGGCCUGCGAUCUCUUGAUUUUGGCUGAGAAAUACCAAGUGAAGCACCUCAAGACCUACUGCGAGAAAUAUCUCAUGUCCAGACUCAACUGGGAGAAUUCCCUCCCUUACUACGCCUUCGCCCACCAGCACUGCGCCAAGACCCUGCUAGACUCUGCCCUCUCCCUCGUCCUUGACCAUAUGGACAAGGUCACCAAGCGGGACGAGUAUGCUGAGCUGGUCGACAAGGACCCCCGUGUUGUCGUUGACAUCUACGAAGCCUAUCUCUCCAAGCAGAUCAACACUGCUGCCACCAAAGAUUCAACACCCAAUGCCCCUUCGUAGCUUUUGAAUGAGGCCCCUCUCCGGAGUCGAACAUGAAGGGCACCCAUCCUACUGCCUUUGCGAUUUCUUCGAGUUGUUCGAUCACAGCAGUGGUGUCGCGUAUGUAAACGCGCCCGCCUGGUCUGAGGAUCCGGUCCA